GUGGAGCCUGACAUGCUAUAUGGAUUUGAUACCGUCCCGGUGGGCAGAAGAACACUGCUGGCCAUAACACACGGCAGGUGUUUCUGUCCGUUCACGGUACUCACCGUCACGAUGCAUCUGCUCCGUGCGGCAGAUCCAUCAUGUAGAUCAGUCUCAUGUGAGGGAAGUUUAUCUCCAGAGACCUGAGUGAGGAGAGGGGCGGAUCAUUGUACGGAGGAUUACACGUUGUAGUACGACAUGCGGCAGCCUGGACGGACAUGAUGGAGGAGGCUGCCAGCCAGCUGGAGAGAGACCAUGUGCACAGCGUCUAUGACAAGAUAGCUCCAUAUUUCAAUGACAGCCGUUACAAAGCCUGGCCCAAGGUGCGGCAGUUCCUGUUAGACCUGCAGCCGGGGAGCAUCGUGGCUGACAUAGGUUGUGGAAAUGGCAAGUAUCUCCACAUCAACCAGGAGGUGUUCAAGCUGGGGUGCGAUGUCUGUCGCCCCCUGGUGGACUUUGCCUGGAGCCAGGGACACGAAGUCCAGAUGUGUGAUGGGCUGCAUUUGCCUUACAGAGACGGUUGCUUUGACGCUGUGCUCUCGAUUGCAGUCAUCCAUCAUUUGUCCACCAAAGAGCGUCGUAUUCGAGCAAUAAAGGAGAUGACUCGCAUCCUGCGAGUGGGCGGACGCAUCAUGAUCUACGUGUGGGCCAUGGAGCAGAAACGCCGUAAAUUUGAGAAACAGGACAUCUUCGUCCCCUGGAACCCCAACCCUCAUUCACCCUCUGCCAAACCCAGACGGAGGGCCACGGCUCAGAGUGUGAGUGAAGCCAUAAACAACAGCGACAAGCACAGGAAGGUUCGAAGCACAUCGUCAGUGGCAGACGAGGAAGACCUGAGCUGCACCACACCACAGCAGAGCACCCAGAGACUGUGGUUCUUCUCCAGGUCUCUGGAUUCGGUGUUUGAUUUUGGAAGCUUAGCCAUCUCUCGCUCGUCCUCCAGAGACAUGAGCACUUUAUCAUCACCUACGGGUGAAAACGAGGGGAACAAGGCCCGCCAGCGAGGGAUAGGACGAGACCUCAUUAAGCAGGUGUCGAGCUUCUUCUCCCCACCGUCUGUGAUUGGAUCAGAGGAAGAUGUGUUUGACCCCGCCACAGACCUGCACAAGGGUCAAAAUGAUCCUGAAAACAACAACAACAACAACAUCAGCACAGGAAAUCCGGGUGUGUCAGUAUCUUUAGCCCAUGAGUGUAGCUCUCUGGCCCUGCCGGAUCUGGUGUCGUUCCAGAAGGAGCACCUGAAGCAGUGUGGGGAGGAAAGGGAAGCCAGGCCGCAGGGGAAAGAGCAGCCGGAAAGCACAAGGAGUCCCGAGGGGAGUGUGGGGCAGGUGCAGGGCUCCUGCCUGAGGUACUAUCAUGUCUUCAGGGAGGGAGAGCUAGCGGAGCUGAUAGAGAACCACGUAGAAGAGCUACAUGUCAAACACACUUAUUUCGAUCACGCCAACUGGUGUGUGGUGGCGGAGAAAGUGCAGUUAAUGAAGAUGUGAUUUUAAUUUGUUUGAUUUUAUUCUGCCUCAAGUUAAAGCACUGAAUGAAACACUGAUGGUUGCACUCCUCUUACUAAAAGGGAAUAAAUAUACAGACACAGAAAUUGUUGGAGGUACACUGAACUAAACUACUCCACUGCAGCAUUUCCUUACAUGACUGUUUUGAAAAUAAGUUUAACUCUUUUAGGUGCUGCAACCAUUUUUAUGACUGACAUCAAGCACUGAAAAUGAUUUUACAUUUUGUAUUGCCUUUAAGUUUUUGCAGCAGUAGUGGGGGAUUCUGGUGUUUAGUAAUGGCUCUUGCUGUUUUUUGCAAUACACAACUUUUUAAGUAUUUAUUCUAACUCAAAGCAAGCAGUAUCCAGACACAGUGUUUCUUUUAUCAUCAGUAACCUGUUUUUAUUAUUGAACCACAGCCAGCUAAUGUGCUGCUAGUGAUUUUAUCUCUUUUAAAAGAGCAAGGGCAACAUUAAGAUGCAAUGUUUGUCUCCUUUGACUUUUAACAUGAGCUAAAACAAAAUGUAUGACACUAAAGUAUGCUCUGUCUGCUUUUUUUUAAAUGCACUGAUCCCAGUGGACAAUAUUUACUUAGUAUACCUGCUUGUUUUAUGGUUGCACGUUCCGUAAUACAAAGUAUGAGGAGCUUAACUUGCAGCAGACCAUUUGGAUGGACUUCUGUAAACCUCUCAUGUGUAAUCCAUCAUGACACUAUAAUAUGAAAAGCUUGUGCAGAAUAUCUUCCAAAAAAUUUGUGCAAUCUGCUUAUUUUAAGUGUUACAAAGAACGUGCAGCAAGUGUGUGUGUGUGUGUGUGUGUGUGUUUGUUGUUUGUAAAAGCUGUGUACUGUCUUGUGUUCAAGCAACAAGCUGAACUGUACCACUGGUAUGUUUCAGUGAAUCGACUGCCUCAUAAACUGUGACUAAACGUUGCACUGUACCAUUAAUUAUGUCGCUGCUUGAAAUGUGAGAAACUCAAAGCAUACUGGUAUUCUGUACCUACUGUGCCAAGGACUGCAUAUUCUUAUCAGUACAGUUUGUGUUUGCUCUAAAGUGACACUGGUACCUUCAUGUUGUAUGUGAAUUGAUAUCAAAUAAAUACUUUAAUUUUUUUUCUUUAAUA